AUGACCUCUUGUAUCUACUUUUGCGAUAAUAAGGGGAAAACAAUUCUUUCGAGGCGAUACCGCGACGAUAUCCCACCGUCAGCGAUUGAAAAGUUCCCGUCUCUGUUACUCGAAGCCGAGCAUGAGUCCAGCAUAAUUCCGCCGUGUUUGACGCACAAUGGCAUCCAGUACUUGUUUAUCCAGCACAACGAUAUCUAUAUUUUGACCAUGAGCAGCUCGCUUUCGGUCAACGUCGCACAAGUCUUUUCAUUUCUGUAUAAGCUCGUCGAUGUGCUUGCAGAAUAUGUCAAGGCUGUGGAAGAAGAGUCUAUUCGGGAUAAUUUCGUGAUCAUAUAUGAGCUAUUGGAUGAAAUGAUGGACUAUGGUGUUCCCCAAAUCACGGAGACAAAAAUGCUCAAGCAAUACAUUACUCAAAAGUCCUUUAAACUCAUAAAAUCCGCCAAGAAGUCCAAGAAUGUUGUACGGCCGCCAUCCGAGUUAACUAAAUCCGUCAGUUGGAGGCCAGAAGGAAUUGUUUACAAGAAAAACGAAGCCUUUCUGGAUGUGGUCGAAUCAAUCAACAUGCUCAUAUCCGCUAACGGUCAGGUCUUAAGGUCCGAGAUUCUGGGCAAAGUUAAAGUCAAGUCACAUCUUUCGGGCAUGCCAGACUUAAAACUCGGCCUCAACGAUAAGGGGAUUUUUACCAGCGGCGAUUCUGGUAGCAAAGCAGAGGCGAACCCCAGCAAAAAGGCCAACAUAGAGCUGGAAGAUCUCAAGUUUCAUCAGUGUGUCCGCUUAAGCAAAUUCGAAAAUGAGAAAAUCAUAACGUUUAUCCCACCAGAUGGUGACUUCGAGCUCAUGAACUACAGGCUGUCUUUACCUAUUAAACCUCUCAUUUGGUGCGAUACCAAGAUUCAGGUCCACUCGCAGUCAAGAAUCGAAAUUCACUGUCGAGCAAAGGCCCAGAUAAAGAAGAAGUCAACAGCCAACAACGUUGAGAUUCUAAUACCGGUGCCUGAAGAUGCAGAUUCACCUAAGUUCCGUUAUUCGCACGGCUCAUUAAAGUACGUCCCAGAGAAAAGCGCCAUUUUAUGGAGAAUAAAAAGUUUUAAUGGCGGGAAAGAAUACUCGUUUGCAGCACAAUUGGGAUUGCCGUCAAUGACAGAUGCGGAUGUGCCCAGAGUUAAGCGGCCUAUUCAAGUUAAAUUCCAAAUUCCCUAUUUCACGACAUCUGGAAUUCAGGUACGUUACCUCAAGGUUCAUGAGCCUAAACUGCAAUACCAGAGCUACCCUUGGGUCAGAUAUAUAACAGAGAGCGGUGACGACUACACCAUCAGAACAGCAUAA